GCACCGAUUAAUGACUGCUCAGCCUUUAUCACUUCAGAACAAACAAAGGCUCCAGGAUGAACUCCUACUUAGACUACCCAGUGUGCAACCGGGGAGCGAAUAUUUUCAGUGCCAAGGCCGGAUACCACAAUUUAAACCACGGAUACAUGUCGUCCAACUCGUGUGCAACAAGUGAUAGCUACGCACCGGAUGGCCGCUUGGUCGCCUCGACGUCUGCGCCCCACCAGACUCCGGGCCUCCCCCUGCACCACCAGACACACGUCAACUUGGACCUGCAGUUUUCCACACCGGGGAACUCCAUGUAUGGGUCGCCUCUGGAGUACGGACAUCACCAGUACGGCCUGGCCUCCGAGCAGGACCGGAACUUCAUCCAUGCGCAAGUUUCACCCCUCGGAACAAACAUGGCCCCUUACACCGGGGACAGCUGCGGGCCUGGGGUUGCGGCCGGCGGCCACUAUCUGCACUUUGGUAACGGAGAGCAGAGGCAGCAAGAAUACACAGACAGUGUUUACACAAGGUUACCGCCCCAGAGUAAGGAGAAGGAUUUGGAGCCUGUGGAGGAAACGUCUAAAACAUUCGAUUGGAUGAAAGUGAAGAGGAAUCCUCCUAAAACAGCGGUCCUGUCCGAGUUCGGGGUCCCCGGCCAGCACAACGUGAUCCGCACCAACUUCACCACCAAGCAGCUGACCGAGCUGGAGAAGGAGUUCCACUUCAACAAGUACCUGACGCGGGCACGACGGGUGGAGGUCGCCGCCAGUCUGGAGCUCAACGAGACGCAGGUGAAGAUCUGGUUCCAGAACCGCAGGAUGAAGCAGAAGAAACGCGAGAAACUCGGCUCGGCUCUGGUGAACAACUCUCCCGCACCUAUGGAGAAACUUCCCGGGCCUGAGUCCUCUCCAAAGGCGAAGGGGAAAGACUCUGGACCAUUAUAAGACUUUAAAAAAAUAAAAUAUAUAUAUAUAUGUGUGUGAACGUGGAGGCCUGAGCUGUUUCCCUCAGUGGCACAAUUCCAGGAAAAAACUGUGAAAAUGCUUUUGGACGUGUGUAGAACAUGUGCUUAAAGGACAUUGGUUUGACACUGAAUGCUGAGAUUUGUUUUUUAAAUGUCUUUUCAUCCAUUCUUGUAUUUUAUAAUCUAUCAUAAGCCCAUGCUGUGUUUUGAGUUGGAGCACUGAAGUACUCAGUGUCAUCAUUUGCACUAUUUAUUUACAGGGUAUUUUCCAACAAUUGCUGAGAUGAUUUAAGCUUAAUAAAGUUUAUAAAAAUGAGGAAAA